AAAAUCAGGUCCACUAUGGGAGACAUUUGACGAGCCUGCUGUAGACCACCUGUUCGAUCCCCAAAAGACCGCUGCAGAAGCCGAACGCGAUCUUCAAGAACUACUUUCGUCUAGCAUGAAUGAAGCAGUUGUCGAUAUUGAUAUGAAAGAUGCUGUUGUUGACGGAUUUCAAGAGAAUAUCAAACUUCUGCCUCACCAGGUUAUCGGACGCAAAUGGAUGGCAGAUCGUGAAAGCGGGAAGAAAGCGGGAGGUAUUCUUGCUGAUGACAUGGGGUUAGGCAAGACAAUCCAGGCUCUUACUCGAAUACUUGAUGGACGACCGCGUAAGUCUGAUAAAGGUUCAGGGUAUAGCGCGUCAACCAUCGUCGUUUGUCCUGUUGCUCUGGUAUCACAAUGGGCCUCUGAAAUUCAGAAAAUGGCCGUAGGUUUGCGUGUUAUUGAACACCACGGACCUUCUCGAACGACUAAUCCCGAGACGUUAAAGAGGGCCCAUGUUGUCAUAACAUCGUACAGUGUCCUGUCCUCAGAGUACGGGGUGUAUCAGAAUGCGGAAGGAAAACCAAGGAAAGGUGGUGGAGGCUCCUCGGAAGAAAGUGACAGCUCUGAUGAUAUCAUUCGUAAACGGUCUGUCGGCAAAGGGAAGGCAAGAGGAAAGGAUGCUUUGUUCCGUAUAAAAUGGUGGCGAAUUGUUCUAGAUGAGGCGCAUAAUAUCAAGAACCGCAAGACUAAAGCAGCGAUAGCAUGCUGUGCCCUAGAGGGUAAAUAUCGGUGGGCUCUGACUGGAACACCCCUGCAAAACAAUGUCGAAGAACUAUAUUCUCUUUUAAACUUCCUUAGGAUCCGACCUCUGAAUGAUUGGGAGAUAUUCAACAAUCAAAUCAAUAAGCCAGUCAAAUUGGGGAGAUCCACCCGAGCGAUGAAACGCUUGCAGGUGGUCUUGAAGGCAAUCAUGUUGCGGCGUAGAAAAGACUCGGUGCUGAAUGGAAAGCAGUUGCUCGAACUGCCAGAUCGCAUUGUCAAGAUCAUCCCUUGCGCUUUCGACGCCGACGAGCGGGAGUUCUAUGAGUCAAUUGCGAGCAAGGUGGAAUUGACGCUUAACAAGUACCAACAGGCCGGCGACAUAGCGAGGAACUAUACUUCAGUAUUGGUGUUGUUGCUGCGACUUAGACAAGCUUGCAAUCAUCCUUCUUUGUUGUCGAAAGACUUCGCACUAGACAAGGAAGCCGUGGAUCCGCGGGGUGUGAAGGACGGUAAGGACCUCGACGAUGCGGACGAUCUUGCAGACCUCCUCGGCCAGAUGGGCGUGUCUUCCCGAAAGUGCCAACUGUGCCAACAAGUCCUUAACAGGAAAAACUCGGAAGACUCAGUGGGUGGCCGUUAUUGUCUUGACUGUGAAGCGAUCGCGGGCAAAUCACGGCGCAAAUCUCUCGCCUCAGGCGCCGGUUCUCUCCCUCCAGACUCGGCCAAGAUUAGAGAAAUCAUACGGAUAUUACGAGCGAUCCAUGAUCACCCAGACAGAGAAAAGACUAUUAUCUUUUCCCAGUUCACGUCGAUGCUGGAUUUGAUUGAGCCAUUCCUCCGUAAUGAGGGUCUAAGAUUCGCGAGAUAUGAUGGGACAAUGAGAAAGGAUCAACGUGAUGCUAGUCUCCAAAAGAUUCGUGAGGAUAAAUCGACCACUGUCAUCCUCAUUUCCUUCAAAGCUGGAAGUACUGGCCUUAACCUCACGGCAUGUAACAAUGUCAUCUUAGUGGACUUGUGGUGGAACCCUGCCCUUGAGGAACAAGCAUUUGACCGGGCUCAUCGGUUCGGCCAGACUCGGACAGUCAAUAUCUACAAACUGACGAUCGAGCAGACGGUGGAGGAGCGCAUUCUUGCACUGCAAGAGAAGAAGCGGGAGCUAGCAGCAGCAGCUUUGAGCGGAGAUAAACUCAAGAAUUCGCGCCUCGGCCUUGACGACCUCAUGGCGCUCUUUAGACCAGGGAGUAGAGACGAGGAUGGCGACUCAGACGACGAUUAA